AUGGCGCCCUCAUUCACAGAAACCACGUCGACAUACCUUGAGGCGCCAUCAAAAGCGCCGCCGAACCUCGUCGCCCCCGAGCCUGAACACUGUCCAGGUCCCGAAUCCGACCAGGCAGGUCAAGGCGAUGCCUGCGCUGGCUGUCCUAACCAAUCUAUUUGCGCUUCUGCCCCGAAGGGGCCUGACCCUGACAUCCCUCUCAUAACCGCGCGCCUUGCCUCUGUCCGACACAAGAUCCUCGUUUUAUCGGGCAAAGGUGGCGUUGGAAAGUCCACAUUUUCGUCGCUUCUCGCACACGGUUUCGCAUCCAAUCCAGAUUCCACAGUGGGAAUCAUGGACACAGAUAUUUGUGGACCCAGUAUCCCUAAGAUGAUGGGCGUCGAGUCAGAGACAAUUCACAUCAGUAACGCUGGUUGGAGUCCUGUCUGGGUAUCCGACAACUUGGGCGUCAUGAGCGUGCAGUUUAUGCUUCCGAACCGUGACGAUGCCGUAAUCUGGCGCGGGCCGAAGAAGAAUGGUCUUAUCAAGCAGUUCUUGAAAGAUGUGGACUGGGGUGAGAUGGAUUAUUUGAUUGUUGAUACGCCGCCUGGGACGUCUGAUGAGCAUCUCUCAGUCAACUCCUUGCUUAAGGAGUCUGGUGUUGAUGGCGCCGUGGUUGUCACGACACCGCAGGAGGUAUCUCUUCUUGAUGUACGCAAGGAAAUUGAUUUCUGCCGCAAAGCUGGGAUUCGAAUUCUCGGUCUAGUUGAGAAUAUGUCUGGUUUCGUCUGUCCGAGCUGUGACCAUGAGUCGAAGAUCUUCCGGGCCACGACGGGUGGCGGUAAGAGACUUGCAAAGAAGAUGGGGAUUCCGUUUCUAGGCGCGGUGCCUCUGGAUCCUAGGGUCGGCAUGGCGUGUGACUACGGCGAGAGCUUUGUGGAGAAUUUCCCGGAUAGCCCUGCAUCCCUGGCGAUCAAGCAAGUUGUCAGGGCUGUUGGGCGGUUCGUCGGUGAAGACCCGGAUAGUGUUCUGCCGGAUGCGGAGUGA